AAAAAUAAUAACUUCCCAUCGAUCGUCGAUUCGUCUCCCUCCCUUCACUAAUCACUUCUGUGUCUGAAACUAUAAAAAGUCGUCCCUUCAUUUUUUUUUUUCUCCAUCUUCCGGCCACCGAUCUCCUCACCGUCAGAUCACAGAUUCAUCACCGCCCGAGCCAUACCCGACCCUAGAAAAUUAUGGCACGGGCUCUGCUCCUUUCUCUCGCUGUUAUGUUCAGCUGCUACGGCGUCGUUUCGUGUCUUCGGUUCUCGUCGAUUAACAAUCGCGACGACGCCUUUCUCCUCCUCCCACCCUCGCCGUCGAAUGGCAACGGCAACCAGCGAAUCUCGACGACCCCUACCACCAUGGUUCUCCCUCUCUAUCCGCCCAAAGACUCGUCUCCUCAAGCUUCCGAUGCGAAGACCCACUCCCGUCGGAGCCUCCUCAACAGCCUUCCCAACGCUCGCAUGGGUCUCCACGACGAUCUUCUUCUCAACGGGUAUUACACAACUCGGCUUUGGAUCGGAACUCCACCGCAGAUUUUUGCGCUUAUAGUGGAUACGGGAAGUACUGUUACCUAUGUUCCGUGUUCUACCUGUGAACAAUGCGGCCAUCACCAGGACCCUAAAUUUCAACCUGAGCUGUCAAGCACCUACAACCCUGUGAAAUGCAAUAUUGAUUGCACCUGUGACAAUGACAAUGAACAAUGCAUUUAUGAAAGGCAAUAUGCUGAGAUGAGUUCCAGCAGUGGGGUGCUUGGUGAGGACAUAAUUUCAUUUGGGAAUCAAAGUGAGCUCAAACCGCAAAGAGCCACAUUUGGUUGUGAAAAUUUGGAAACUGGCGAUCUUUAUAGUCAACAUGCUGAUGGUAUUAUGGGCCUGGGUCGUGGAGAUCUCAGUAUAGUAGAUCAACUUGUUGAGAAGAAAGUUAUUACUGAUUCCUUCUCUUUAUGCUAUGGUGGGAUGGAUAUUGGCGGUGGUGCAAUGGUUCUUGGUGGAGUAUCACCCCCUGCUGAUAUGGUCUUUACUCGUUCAAAUCCAACACGCAGCCCAUAUUACAAUAUAGAGCUGAAGGAGAUGCAUGUUGCUGGGAAAAAAUUACCUAUAAAUCCACGGGUCUUUGAUGGAAAGCAUGGAACUGUCCUUGAUAGCGGUACCACGUAUGCUUACCUACCAGAAGAAGCAUUUAAAGCAUUUAAGCAUGCUGUCAUGCAUGAAAUUCGUUCACUGAAAAAGAUUGAUGGCCCGGAUCCAAACUAUAAUGACAUCUGCUUUUCUGGUGCUGGAAGUGACAUUUCAAAACUCUCAAAAGCCUUUCCAUCAGUUGACAUGGUGUUUAGCAAUGGACAGAAACUAUCACUUUCUCCUGAAAACUACUUGUUCAGGCAUUCAAAGGUUCAUGGUGCUUAUUGCUUCGGGAUUUUUCAGAAUGGAAAGGAUCCUACUACUCUUUUAGGAGGAAUCGUUGUCCGCAACACACUAGUAACAUAUGAUCGUGAACAUGAAAAGAUUGGUUUUUGGAAAACUAAUUGUUCUGAGCUUUGGGACAGACUUGGUGCAUCUAAUGCACCUUCACCAUCGCCCUCUGAAUCAGAUAACAAAAAUUCUACUGUAAAUGUGGCCCCGGCUCCUACUGAACAUCCUACUGAACCUGUGAGGAACAUUACUUCAGAGGAUAUAAAAGUAGGGCAUCUAACAGUAUACAUGUCACUAAGCAUGAACUACUCAGAUCUGAAGCCCCAAAUUUCAGAACUUACCAAAUCAAUUGCCCUGGAGUUGCAUGUUAAUAUUUCUCAGGUCCACUUAGUAAAUUUCUCGUCUACUGCAAAUGAUUCCCUAAUUAAAUUGACCAUUUUUCCUGAGAAACCUGCACGUUACAUGCAAAAUGCCACUGCUAUGGAAAUGGUUUCACGCUUGGCUGAACAUCAUGUGCACCUUCCUGAUAAUUUUGGAAGCUAUGAAUUGGUGGGAUGGAGAAUUGAGCCCCCUCCAAAACGAACAUGGUGGCAGGAAAAUAACCUGGCUAUAGUUGCUGCAUUAGUUGCUGUAGUGAUACUCGGAUUAUCAGCUUCUUUGGGAUGGUUUAUUUGGAAGCGUAGACAACAAUCACCAUUGUCGUAUAAGCCUGUAGAUACCGCAAUUCCUGAGCAAGAACUCCAGCCUCUAUGAAGAUGCAGUGGCCUUUCCCUGAAGAUAUGCGUUGCAGAAGACUUGGCCGGUAUUUUUUAAAGGGUAUGCUUACUAUUUUAACCCGAGUUACAGGUUAAUUAAAGUUUUGUCAAGUGAAAAAAAAUAUAUAUAUACUGGGGUUACAGAAGUGUUAUAUAGUGAUCUUGGAAUAGGAACAGGAAAGAUAACUGCAUGAAUUUCAGACAUCAUGUCUUUGUAAGUGAAUAUUGUAAGAUAUCUUUGAACUAAUAGCCUGUCAAUUAGCUUGAUCCA